CCGGUGGAGUGUCCAUUCUGAGUGGCGGACCGUCUCCCAUCUCUUUUCCAGCAACCUGUCGAACGCGUCCACACCCGACGCGGCAUACUCCUGGAGCUUCAGCGCGCCCGCCCAAGCCGGCCCCAGUCCUAGCCCGAGGACUCACACGGACUCGAAGAUUGGCCACUGGGACUCUGGCGCCCACGGCCUGAGCGACCGGAUCCCCAUGUCUGCCACCCACAAGAGCACCCCCGAGGGGGCUGCCCCAGCCUCCAGCCCGGACACCGGCAACCCCCUGGUAUCAGUAGGAAGAUCUGUCCCGCCCUCAAGCUCCCCCCGAUUGUUAGUACUUGAGUCCGCCCCACCCUCAGUGCCCAGCUCCCCCCAGGUAUCAGAACCCCCUACACCCCCAGGACCUCCUACGCCCAAUAACUCCCCCCGAGGGUCGAUAGAAGGGUCCAUCAUGGAAUCGGUAUCAAUACCUCCCACACCCAAUAACACUCCCCAAGUGUCAGUACAUGAGUUCGUCCUGUCCUCAGUGUCCAGCUCCUCCCGGAGUUCGGUACAAGGACCUCCUCCGCCCAAUAACACCCCCCGAAUGUCAUUACAAGAGUCCAUCGAGUUCCCAAGGCUUGGCCCCCGCCAAGUAGCUGUACUAGAAUCUGUCUCACUCUUGGGCUCCUCUCAAGCGUCGAUACAAGGGUCCGCCCCGCCCUCAGAGCUCGGCUCCUCCUGGAGUUCGCUAGCUGGAUCUUACCCAUUCUCGGGCUCCUCCCUAGCGUCGGUACUAGAGUCCGACCCGUCCUCAGCGCUCAGCGCCCCCUGGAGUUCGCUACAAAGAACUGCUACACCUAGUAACUCCCCGCAAGUGUCAUUACAAGAGUCCGCUCCGCCCUCAAUGCCCAGCUCCUCCUGGGUAUCGGUGGAAGAAUCAGCUCCGCCCCCGGGCUCCCCCCGAGAAGGGUCCGCCCCGCCCUUGGCCGGCCCCACUCCUAUACCCACGCCCCGGGAGACUCUCACCCAGAGCAUGGCGAGUCAGGAGAAGGCGAGUACCGCAGGCCACAUGUUCGACGUAGUCGUGAUAGGAGGCGGCAUCUCAGGAUUAUCUGCCGCCAAACUCUUAGCUGAACAUGAAGUUAAUGUUUUGGUUUUGGAAGCCCGAGACAGAGUUGGAGGAAGAACAUACACUGUGAGAAACGAACAUGUGAAUUACGUAGAUGUUGGUGGGGCUUAUGUGGGACCCACCCAGAACAGAAUCUUACGGUUGUCUAAGGAGCUGGGUUUAGAGACCUACAAAGUGAACAUAAAAGAGCGUCUUGUUCAAUAUGUCAAGGGGAAAACUUAUCCAUUUCGGGGAGCCUUUCCUCCAGUAUGGAAUCCCAUUGCAUAUCUGGAUUACAACAAUCUGUGGCGGACAAUGGAUAACAUGGGAAAGGAGAUUCCAGCUGAUGCACCAUGGGAGGCCCCACACGCUGAGGAAUGGGACAAGAUGACCAUGAAAGAUCUCAUCGAUAAAAUCUGCUGGACAAAGAAAGCUAGGGAGUUUGCAACUCUCUUUGUCAAUAUCAAUGUGACAUCCGAACCCCACGAGGUGUCUGCCCUGUGGUUCUUGUGGUAUGUGAAGCAGUGCGGAGGCACCACUCGGAUAUUCUCGGUUACCAACGGGGGUCAGGAACGGAAGUUUGUAGGUGGAUCUGGUCAAGUGAGCGAACGGAUAAUGGACCUCCUCGGGGACAGAGUGAAGCUGGAGCAUCCUGUCACCUAUGUCGACCAGUCAGGUGACAACGUCAUCGUAGAGACAUUGAAUCAUGAACGUUAUGAGUGCAGAUACGUAAUUAGUGCCAUCCCUCCAACUUUGACGGCCAAGAUCCACUUCAGACCAGAGCUUCCAUCAGAGAGAAACCAGUUGAUUCAGCGUCUUCCAAUGGGGGCUAUCAUUAAGUGCAUGAUGUAUUACAAGGAGGCCUUUUGGAGGAAGAAGGAUUAUUGUGGCUGUAUGAUCAUUGAAGAUGAGGAAGCUCCAAUUUCAAUAACCCUGGAUGACACCAAGCCAGACGGAUCGCUGCCUGCCAUCAUGGGCUUCAUCGUUGCUCGAAAAGCUGACCGACUUGCUAAGCUGCAUAAAGAAACAAGGAAGAGGAAAAUCUGUGAGCUCUAUGCCAAAGUGCUGGGAUCCCAAGAAGCUUUACAACCGGUGCACUAUGAAGAGAAGAACUGGUGUGAAGAGCAGUACUCCGGGGGCUGCUACACUGCCUACUUUCCCCCUGGGAUCAUGACUCAGUACGGAAGGGUGAUACGCCAACCGGUAGGCAGGAUUUACUUUGCUGGCACGGAGACAGCCACACGCUGGAGCGGUUACAUGGAAGGAGCAGUUGAGGCCGGAGAGCGGGCAGCUAGAGAGGUCUUGAAUGCUUGGGGGAAGGUGGCAGAGAAAGACGUAUGGCUUCAAGAACCUGAAUCAAAGGAUGUUCCAGCUACAGACAUCACCCACACCUUCUGGGAGAGGAAUCUGCCCUCCGUGUCAGGCCUGCUGAAGAUCAUUGGAUUGUCCACAACAAUAACUGCCCUGUCGAUCGUGGUGUACAAAUUCAGGGGGCUGUCACGAUCCUGAAGUUUCAACCUAAUGCUUCCUGCUUAUGCUUUCCCAGCACCAUCAAAAGCAAAAUGUUGACAAAUCAAAGGCCUUGUCAUUGGACCACCUUUAAGUGCACUGAAUUUCACCCCUCAGUUUAGUCUCAGUCCGUGUUAAGUGAAAACAAUCCGAAGAAUCACCUCAUUAAUUUCAGUAAGAUCAAGUUCCAUCUUGUUGUGUAGAUUAACUCGUAUUGAUGGUAGAAUAAAACCUUGUGAUUGUUCGCUUAAUUUCAAGAA